AUGGAGGAAUACUUACGGAAUAAAUAUUUAAAAAAUGAUGUAGAAAAAAAGAAGAAAAAAAAUAAAAAAGGAAAAAUAAAAAUCCAUGAUAGUGAUGAUGAAAAUGAAAGAUUUAAUAAAAAUAAUAUAAAAAAUAAUAAUUCAGAAGAAUAUAAUUUGAUUGAAUCAGAUUCAAGUUCAGAUAUACCUAUAACUAUUAUGCAAAAUGACGGCAUGGAUAUAUUAGAUUUAUCUCGUGAAAAAAAAAAAAAAAUUUUACAAGUUUUAAACAAUGAUAUAUUAGUAGAUAGUUCUUUUAAUGAUGUUGAUAAAAAUCCCGAAAAAAAAAAGAAAAAAAAAAAAGAAAAGGGUUUAAAAAAUUUAAUAAAGAAAGCGCAUAUUACUAAACAAGUGAAACAAAGUCAGCAUAACGAUAUUGAUGAGCAAAAUUAUAAUCAUAAAUUUAAUAAUACUGAGGUGAAGCAUAUCUCAAAACCUUCAUUAAAUAGUAACAAAAAUUCCAAACAAAUUAAUCGAACUAGCUCAGAAGAAACAUACCGAAGACAAAAAUGUAAUAAUCAUCGGGGUAGCAGUUCUGACAUUUCACUUCCAAGAAGAAAAGGAAAAGAACAAGAUAGCAGUUCUGACAUUUCACUUCCAAGAAGAAAAGGAAAAGAACAAGAUAGCAGUUCUGACAUUUCACUUCCAAGAAAGGAAGCGAGCAGGUCCACUAGUAUGGAUAGUCAACCAGGAGGAAAGGGUUCGAAUAUUAUUGAAUACUCAUCUGGCUUAUCAAAUAAAAAAAACAAUGAAGAGGAAAAUGAAGUAGUAAAAAAUUUUGAUAAAAAUACUAAUACAAUUUAUAGAGACAAAGCUGGUAAAAUAAUUUCAAGAGAAGAAUGGAUUAAAAAUAUUAAAAAUGAAAAAUCAAGAUAUCGACAUGGGAUAGAUGAAAUAAAAGAAAACAACAAAAAUGAAAGAAAUAAAAGAAAUCGGAAAAGUAAAAAGUAUAAUAAUGAUCAAAAUAUAAAAUUAGAAUGGGGAACUGGGUUAGUACAAAAAGAAAUGCGAGAAAAAAUAAUAAAAGAAAAUAAAAAAUUAGUAAAUAAAAAGAAUAUAAUAAAUUAUGAUUAUGAUAGUGAUUACGAUCAAAAAUUAAAACAAGAUAUAAGAAAAGAAGAUCCAAUGAAUAAAUAUUUAGUACAAUCAAAUCAAGAAAACCAAAAAGCAAAAUGUAGAUAUCAAUCUCCAUACAAUAGAUUUAAUAUUUUGGCAGGAUAUAGAUGGGAUGGUGUAAUAAGAGGAAAUGGUUUUGAGCAAAAAAGAUAUGAAAUUUUAAAAGAAAAAGAGUUGAAAGAUCGAUUAGCAUAUAUAUAA